AUGUUCUCACUAAAGGCUAUCCUCGUUGCCUCCUCUUUCCUGGCUCUGGCCACGGCCCAGACAGACCCAACUAUUAUCGGAAAUAAGUACCCGCUCGGUGAUACUACGUGCGGCACAGUAUCUGACCCCAUCCACGCCGAAGAGUGUGUCAACUACAUGAACUACGGGUGA